AUGCCAAAGUUGACAAAACUCCUCGCUCUUUUUCGAACCUCCGGCAGAACCUUCAGCAUCCAGACCGAAAAACUCUCCCGCAACUUCUUCACCCCUCAGCUCUCCCGAAAACUCUCCCUGAAGAAGAAAUUCUCCACGCCACAAGUUCGACGACGAGUCCAAUCUUCCUUCAGAAGGCGAAAAAGCUCGUCCGACUUCUCGAUGACGACGGAGCAAGUUACUCUUGAUGUCACCGUCGAUUUCGACAUGAGCUACCACGAAACCAUUCGACGAGCUAGAAUAGCGUCACGACGAAGAAAAUUGCGACGACAAGAGAUCAUGAGAAAUACGAUUCUUCUGGCUGAACUAUAA